AUGGAAGUCAAACGUAUGAAUUUUACAAAACUCGUCCGAACAACACUAUUAAAAGUAGCCAACAAGGACUCUGCUAAACACCAAGAAGGCUACAUGAAGAAUGUUAUUAAAUUUCAUGGAUUGAAGGCUCCGAUUGUUGAAAAAUGUUGGAAAGAUACUCUGAAAAGUAAUUUACAAACAAAUAUACCAGAAUUGAAGGAUCAGGUGGAUGUUAGUUAUGAAUUAAUAGCAAGUAAAUAUUUUGAAGAGAAAUCUAUUGGAAUCAAGAUAUUGGCAUCAAAUGUUAAAAACUUUGUACCAAAAAAGAAGAAGAAAUCAACUGAAGAUGAUGAAAUUGGAGUUAAUGGAUUAUAUGUUGUGAAUGGAAUUGAGGAGAAUUUAUUUGAUAAGGAACAUGUUUAUGAUUGGGCAACUUGUGAUACUAUUAGCUCAACUGUAAUUUGUGAGCUCAUUAAAAGAGAUUCAAGUUUGGCACAAGUUGUUCAAAAGUGGAAAGAUUCCGAUAAUUUGUGGAAACAACGAAGUGCUUGUGUUAGUUUUGUAAAGAUUGCCAAGCAUGGAGAAUAUAACGACUUGAUUAUUGAUAUUUGUAGUACAACAGUGAAGAAUAGCGAAAGAUUUGCACAACUUGGAACUGGAUGGGUGCUGAGAGAAUUGAGUUUAGCUGAUUUGGAUUUGGUAACUGAUUUUAUUAAGGAAAAUUAUUCACAUUUCAGUAGAGAAGGUCUUAGAUAUGCUGUCGAGAAAAUGUCAAAAGAUGACAAGGAAGAACUCAUGUCCUAUGAACCUUAAAUCAAAUAUUGUAAAUAUUUUAAAUGAUAUCCAUUCCAUUUAAUACAACUGUAAGAAUCACUACGCACAUUUCCUUCAAUUGUUCAAAUCCCUUAAUUUAUUUAACCUCAGAAAGGUUUAUUUCUAAAUUUGUAAUAUCAGAAAUAUAAACUCCACGAGUUAUUUUUGAU